GCUGACUGUCGAUAGGAUCCAACCUAUUCCUUACUCUCUUACUACACUAUGUCUGGCUGAUCGAAAAGAAGGGGAAAUAAGCUUCGUGGGGCCCCUUCUUUCGUGCUUUCGGUCCGGGGGUCCCUCAACCUCCUCUCCUUUUCUUCUUCUUCCUUCUACUACUUCUCUUCUUCUUCUUCUCUUUCGAAUUUCCGUCGUUUGGCGUCGUAGUUUCUUCCUUCCUUCCUUCCUUCCUUCCUUUCUUCCUUCCUUUCUUCCUUCCAUCCACGCGAACUUCUCCCCGCAUGAGCCCGCGCCGGCUGGCCAGCCAAUCGAUGCUACGGUUACCCACCGCGACGCUCGCUUUAUCUUCCAGAUAACGGGCCACCAAUCGAUGAGUACGCGCCGUGCGUUGCUCCCAAUCCCAUUGGUCGUUCCCCGCGACAGCGACUGUCGCCGGCAGUGCGGACGCGACUGUCGUCUUGGAAUCUUCGACUUGUAUUCGUAAAUAAUAACGAUGCCACGAGUACGAAGACAGGUCGUCCUGGAGGACCCGGCCAGGCCUGUAACGCCGGAUAUGAUGGAAACAAAGUUGUUGAAAACAGAAUAUCUGGACGAUGGCUCGUUAGACGAGAUACAGUCGCAAAAGGUAGCAGAAGAAACGCCGAGUCCUCAUUUGCAGGAUCAUCAAUAUGGACAAACUCCUUGCUAUCAAGUAUCCAGGAAGCCAACUCAACCACCACCUAGAACCGAGCAGAUAUCGGUACAGGCGGUUAAAAGAAGACUGAAUUUGGAGGUUGGAACGACGGGAGCUAGUCAUUCUACGUUCAAAGCACCUAGAGGUAAACGUAGAAGAUCUGGAUCAAAUUCUAUAGCCGGUCAUACGCCUACGAAAAGUAAAACUGUGGAAAGAACACGUUACGACACAUCGUUGAGUUUACUUACGAAAAAGUUCAUACACUUGGUCGAAAGUAGUCAAGAUGGUGUAGUCGAUUUAAACGUAGCGUCUGAAAAGUUGGAGGUACAAAAGCGUCGUAUAUACGAUAUCACGAAUGUAUUAGAAGGCAUUGGAAUUUUAGAAAAGAAAAGUAAAAACAAUAUACAAUGGAAGGGUGGUCAGUUACCCAACGACAGGAACGAUAUCGCUACGCUAAGGAAAGAAUUAGCGGACUUAGAAGCUAAAGAGAAUACCCUAGAUCGAUUAAUACAUGGUGCUGAUAAAAAUCUUAGGGAACUCUGUGCGGAUAGGCAAUAUGCUUACGUAACGUAUCAUGAUUUACGUUCAGUCCCAAUGUACAAAGACCAAGCGAUAAUGGCGGUUAAGGCACCACCAGAAGCUACUCUUCAUGUCCCUCAACCUAUUAACAGUCUCGGUCAACAGAAGCUACAAAUGCACAUGAGGUCGUCACACGGAGAAAUCGAAGUAUUUCUAUGCCCAGACGAUCCAACUGUUAAAUCUCCUACUCCUGGGUAUGCGACGACACCAACACCGACACCAACACCAACACCGACACCGACACCAACAUCAACACCACCAACAACAACGACGACGACGACGCGAUCCGUGCCUUCUGUAAAAGAAUCGGAAGUACCUUAUCUCCCUCCGGAACUUUUAGUCAACGGAGUUACCGAAGUUCGUGUCAAACAAGAACCUAAUCCGGAAGUUAGUGUUCUAAAUAGUUGUACGAGUAUGCCGUCUACGUCGAACGAGGUUACUACCAGUAUAGCGGGUAUGAGGGACGCAUUGCUCUGCGAAUCGGAUGAUUAUGGACCAAUGGGCGGUGGCAAGUUCCAGCUUCAAACAGAGGACCAAAUUGACGCUACAGAUUUAAGCAUUCUCGAUUUUGGGGAACACCUGCUAUCUUUGGAGCCACCAUUAUCUGAAAGUGACUACUCGUUCUCGUUAGGCACAGAGGAGGGUCUAUCGGAUCUCUUCGAUUACACGUUCUAGAAAUGUCAUCCCUAUCAUUAUCACCAUUAUCACCACCACAACCACCACCAUCAUCUUCAUCAUUAUCAUCUUCAUCAUCAUCAUCAUCAUCAUCAUCAUCAUCAUCAUCAUCAUCAUCAUCAUCAUCGCUAUCACGAAGGCACUCUUGUCUUUUUGGACUAUCAUUAUGAGUUCGCCUCCAUGAUAAACAAUUGGACGAAGAUGCUUUUCGGUUUAGUUUACAAUGCGCCUUUGCAACUAACGAUUAGUAUAAUUUUUUGUUGUUGCUGUUUCGUUACACAUACAACAAACGUUCUCGCCUCGUUCUUAAAUAUUAUCGUGAGAUUAUUUUAAAUCCUAUAUAAGAUUUCUAAUGUUUUAAUCAAUAUCCGCACGUAUUCACGAAUGAUUUCAAGAAGUAUGAACGAAUAAUAAGGUAUUUCAAAAUAAAAACAAUAUAA